CACUCAGUGAGAAGAGUCUCAGUGCCUGAGGAGCAUCGCCUGUACCUGGCCUGCAGUGGCACUGUUGACUUACAGUGGCGACACCAGGUCAACAGGAUCAUAGUCACCAAACAAGGCCAGUCGGUUACUUACAUGAACCAACAGAAAUAUGACCUCCAGCCUGAUGGAUCUCUGGUUAUUAAAGAGCUGGAGCCAUCCGACUCUGGGGACUACCACUGCAACGACCAGCUAGUGGCAGACGUGGAGGUACUGAAAGGCAAAAACUUUGCGGUUUCUGCUGGCCGAGCCCUAUUGCUUCCCUGUAUAGUAUCUAGCAAAGCCAAGCGGAGGUGGUUCUUCAGGAAAGAUAGUCAUGCGAAACAAGAACCCAUCUUGACUCUGUUCAAAAAUGGGACCAUGAAAAAGGAGAGAAAGGACCCCCAGAAAAGGUUUUCCUAUGAAGAUGGUGCCCUGCAGAUCCUCAAUCUCCAGCCAGGGGACUCUGGAGAGUACCUGUGUAAUGGGGAAAAGGAAGCCAAAGUAACAGUGUUGACAGAUCAUCUCAACAUCCAGAGUACCACUGCUCUUAUGCAAACAGAUGUUGUUGGGAAAGAGAACAGAGAGACACGCCCUAUAAAUGUUGUGAUGAUAAUAGCUGUCAUUAAACUAUGCAUCGUGGUGCUUCUGGCUGGUCUGCUGUGCAAUUUGCUGAAAGGAAGACUGAGAAAAAGAAAGAAAUGCAGUACAGUGACAGGACACAAGCAGGAAGGAACUGAACUCCAGACUAGGUGCUUGUCAAAUCUAGGGUCUGAUAUCACACAAAGUGAUGGGGAAAAAAGUCCUUCUCAUGUGGAAGACACUGAGGUUCAGUAUGCAUCUCUGGGUCGGCAGAACUGGAGGGAAAGAUCGAGGGUACAGGGAGCCCAGCAUCAGGUCAUCUAUUCCACUGUGGUCUCUGCUAGACCAGCAUCAGGUCAUCUAUUCCACUGUGGUCUCUGCUAGACCAGCAUCAGGUCAUCUAUUCCACUGUGGUCUCUGCUAGACCAGCAUCAGGUCAUCUAUUCCACAGUGGUCUCUGCUAGACCAGCAUCAGGUCAUCUAUUCCGCUGUGGUCUCUGCUAGACCAGCAUUCCAGGGUUUGGAGAGAAUAACACAUUGAUUUGACUAAUUGACUCCUUUACAAAACAGUUUGUAUUUUACCUCUUUGUAUUACAGUACGAGUACAUUAUACAAAGGUUGCUCUUUAAU